AUGAAUAAUUUUACUGGACCAUACUCUGUUUCUAAGCAAUUGUUUUUGGAUCUUCACCGUGCUGGCUUUCUACGUAUUUCAAACAUUCAAAUAAAUGAGUGUUUAUAUGACUUUCCCGAUGAAACAUUUGAAUGUUUGGUAAAUAUGAAAGCUGUACAUACUCCAUCCACUUCAAGCUUAAUAAAAAUCUCGAAUUUGGAAGUUUCUGAGUAUGCAGUGACUUUUCAAAAGCACCUAACUACUUUACUUUCUAUUAACGCGGAGAAUAUUGAAUUUGACAUUCGAAAAAAUCUUAUUUUUGUAUGCAGUUCGUCCAAUGAACCUCCAAUUGUUAAUGAGCGUACAAAGAAGAUUGUAACAAUGUGUAGGCUUGAGAUGGAAUCGAUGAACAAUUUUCUCUACCAUUUCAAAAAUUAUAAAGAUUUUCUGCUUCUCUGCUGCCCAAAUCUUGAAUAUAUGGAAUUUGAGUUCACUAACUACAUUAACUUUUACCUAGAAGAAGUGGAAAAUUCUUCUAACGACUACCUUACUAAAUUGGAGGUCAUUAUUGUUCCAAUUAUAGAAGAUCUCAAACUCCUGCAUCGUGGUAGUGAACAUUUGAAGAUACGAAUUGAAUUUACUGCAAAAUUUUCAAUUAGAGAGGAAUUCGAGGUAAAUAUUGAAAAGGUUUUCUGCCUUGCUUUAACCUGA